UUUAAAGUCUGUCCUUUCCAUCUGGAGAAAAGUAACUGAAUUUUUCUUUCUCUGAAUUCAGACUUUAAUUUAUAGUUCAUGUGUGCAGUUAUAAUGAUAGUUGUAUCUGUUAAUGUAUUUCCGUUUCCUGUACCAGACUUGUGUGCUAUACUUUAGGAGCAACAAAUGGAUGUAAUUAAAUAACAAUGGGCAAAACAGUGUGUAGUUGACCAAUGAUGGUGAUAAUCUGCAUACUUGUUCUUCCUGGCAUAAGUGCCUGUAGUGUAGUAGUACUGAUUUUUGUAUUGUUUGAGUGUAUCCCGGACCAAAUGGUCUUACGAAACUAUUAGUAAAAUUCACUCUCAGAACAAUAAAGAUUUGCCUUAACUCAUGUAAUCUCCCUCUGCGUUCUUGGCUAAAAUUAUCCUAUUAGAAUCCUGUGGUUAAUGCUGCUCCCCUCCCCAAUAACCUUUCAUGUCCCCAAAAUGCCCUCUUUGUCUGCUACUUUCCCCAUCCUGUUGUCUCAAUGACUCUUGCUUCUAUUCCUACUUGGGUCGAUCCAGAACAAGAGGCAUUGUUCAUUUGUAAUUUGAUAAUUUUGUGCAGAAUUUAGCCAGACUUGUGCCCUUUAGAUGCUAAGAAUCUCAUUAACAAAGUACCAGCAGUUCGAACUGUUGAAAGGCUGCUUUUAGAUGGACACUGCUUACAAGCCUUAGUCUGGAGACAGUAAAGUUCAAGUGGAGUGAUGACAGCUACAUGCCUCAUAAAUACUCUCAGCUGAUGACAAUGCAGCUAUAAAAUUGUUUCUAAUAGCAGAAAUGAUAUGGAACUGACAUGAAAGAUGAGGCACAAGGAGAGAAAUCUCUCAGUGGAAGGUUAAUGACUGCAAUAAAACAGGUCAUUAACUGCAGUUAUUGCAGCCAAAUCCUGAAGUUCCAGUUAGGAAAAACAAGCAAAGGCAGGUACACGCAUGCAGCCAUAAUGUGCAAGAACUGAACAGAAGAAAGUGUCGGAAAUUGUAUUGUACCCUGUCUUAGUCUCUACAUUCCCACCUGUUAUCACCCCAUCGAUCUUCAUGCGAAGCAUUCAAUGGGGUGUCAGCACUUUGGAACAAUGGAACAAUUUAGAUCUGGUGCUACUUUGGUUAUGUCACUCUUUCCUGAUGUCUCAUCCUCUUUCUAAAGCGGUUGCAAAAUGUUAAGUUAUGUGGUUCUGCUUGUACAUUCAGACAUUCCUUCCUGUCUCACUCUCGCUUUCUCUUUCUCCUUCUCCCAUCCAGUUUCAUCAUGUCUGAUGUAGAGGAAGAAUAUGAGGAACAAGCAGAGGCAGAGGAGGAGGAGGAGGCGGCUGCAGAGGACGCAGGAGCAGAAGAGCAAGAGUAUACAGAUUAUCAAGAGGAGACUCAGGAAGAAGAGGAAGAAAGACCCCGGCCCAAGCCCAUGGUUCCACAACUUGCCCCUCCAAAGAUUCCAGAGGGUGAGCGGGUAGAUUUCGAUGAUAUUCACCGAAAAAGGAUGGAGAAAGACUUUCUGGAGUUACAGACUUUAAUUGAUGUCCACUUUGAGCAGAGGAAGAAAGAGGAGGAAGAGCUGAUCGGUCUCAAGGAGAGAAUUGAGCGGCGGCGGGCAGAACGAGCAGAGCAGCAGCGUGUUAGAGCAGAGAAAGAAAGAGACAGACAGACGAGGAUUGCGGAAGAGCGCCAGAGGAAAGAGGAUGAGGAGGCUAAGAAGAGAGCAGAAGACGAGGCCAAGAAGAAGAAGGUUUUGUCCAAUAUGGGGGCAAACUUUGGUGGCUUCUUAGCCAAGGCAGAGCAGAAAAGAGGGAAGCGUUUGACUGGACGAGAGAUCAAGAGAAAGACUCUUUCAGAGAGACGCUCUCCUCUUGGCAUCGAAAAUCUCAGAGAGGAUGGGUUGAGGCAGCGAGCUCAGGAAAUGUGGAACUGGAUUUACCAGCUGGAGUCAGAGAAGUUUGACCUCUUGGAUCAAAUGAAGAGACAGAAAUAUGAGAUUGUUGUUCUUCUGAACAGGAUUUCUCACGCUCAAAAGUUCAAAAAAGUCCAUGGCAAAGGAAAGGUCGGAGGUCGCUGGAAAUAAGACAUUGGAGAAAUUCUGAAAAGCCAACAUGGAUGCUUUUACUUCUGACUCUUCUGACAAUUUCAGUGUCUGCAAUGAAUAACAUUUCUGAAUAUGUUCAAAACCUAUCUCAGAUCUGAUGUGCUUGGAUUAGAUUAAUCACUUCUGCUUGUUUUAUUCAUAUUUGUAAGGCACACUGGAUAAAAAGUGUCUGCUAAAUAAAUAAAUAUCAAAUGCA